GAAUAUAGACACGUCGCUAGGAACGAACCGUCCAAAAAACUCGGGCGAUCGUACAGUAUCGUAUUGAUGCGAAACGGAAACUAGGAAUUGCGGACUGGACUCUGAAAAAGGAUGAGUUUUCUCGCGGGAAGACUAGCAGGGAAAGAGGCAGCGUAUUUCUUUCAGGAAUCCAAACAAGCGGUGGGAAAAUUAGUGCAGAAAAAUCCCAACGCCAACAAAAGCCUCGAGGCGGUUACUUCCUCUUCUGCGGAGCACGAAGGGCAGCAUCACGCCGACGUGCUUCCUGAGGUCCUACGACACUCCUUGCCCUCUAAGGUUUUCAGGGACGACACCGUUUCCUCCUCCUUCAAUCCCUCCAAAUGGGUCCUUCCUUCCCAAUCCAAAGCUGCCUCUUCUGUGUCUCCUGAUGUUCUCAACCCUCUCAGAGCUUAUCUUUCCCUCCCUCAAGUCACUUUUGGUCCCAAAAGAUGGGAAUUGCCUGAAAUGUCACACUCGGUUUCAGCCUCUACUGCUAAUGAAUUGCAUCGAGAUAGGCACACUACACCUAUUAAUCCGGAGAAGAUAAAAGCGGCAGCUGAAGGGCUUGCAAAUGUUGGAAAGGCAUUUGCUGUUGCCACUGCAUUAGUAUUUGGUGGAGCUACAUUGGUAUUUGGAAUGGUAGCCUCCAAAUUAGAUCUGAAAAACCUUGAUGACAUCAAAACUAGAGGAAAAGACGCAGUUGAGCCAAAAUUCGAGAAUAUCAGAGUGCUAUUAGGCCCCUUGAAAAUUUGGGCUGAGAAUUUGAAUAAGAAAUGGCAUUUGGAAAGAGAAACAGAUCUCAAGCAGAAGCCAAUUAUAAAGGAACUGUCUAAAAUGUUUGGUGCCAAAACUUCUGAUUGACACCGUUUUUCUUUAUUUUUCUUCAUCCUUUUUCUGUUGAAGAUGCUGAAAUAGGAGAUAGUACAUACAUAGGCGGGCAUCUUGGAGUGUGCCAGGGGCUAUUUUGUGUUGCAGUAGAAUUUGAAGAAUAAGAGUGAAUAUACAAACUAGAAUAUGCUGUAAAAUUAUGUCAUUACAUGUGUGAUAGUGUUGUUUGAAUGAUCAAAUAAUUCCUUUAUAUCAAGAUUUUUUACCCUCUUAAAAUAAGAUGACACUUUGAGAGGUAUUUGAUACGUAUGAAAUUUGAUAUGAAAGUGAAAUUUCUCA